AUGGAUGAUAGCACUCCUCCUGAGCCGCGCGAGGAGCGCGUUCCUCGAAUUCCUCCUGGAAAGCUUACGACCAUCAACGCAGAACCCACCAUCUCAAUCUUCCACAAGUUCACCAAGACCGCAGUUCUGCACCUGGUCGAUGGCAAAUUCCCCCGCGAUGCAGCCAUGGUCUUCUGCGAUCGCAUCCGUCACCAACUCAUGGACAACCCCGGUGCUAAAUCUUUCACCAUGACCGGAGGCGAUAGCACUACUUUGACUGAGGUCAUUGCAUGGAUCAAGCAGUGCAUUGCUGAGCAGGCUAUUGUCAAGUGGAAAGACAUCGACAACGAGACUCCCAGACUCUUUACCAUCUACGCCAAUGUCAUCAUCUGCGCCACGUACCUGGGCAUCCCUGCGCGCGACCUUGCCGAGGGCUUGACCAAGCGCAUGCAAGCGAUCGCCCGCAAGGUCUUGAUGAGCUGGGACGAGGUCGAAUGGUUCUACAAAUCGCCAGCUCUCAACGCAUGUGGUGACUCGGUCCGCGAGGUUGCCGCAGCCAGCAUUUUCUGGGCAUGGUGGAACCACAAGCUGAAUGAUGAAGACACCCCCGACGACAUGAAGUUCCUUGACGUGUUGAGAAAGGAGAUCCCAAAGCUCGACAAGGACUUGCAUGACUGGUGUGCGCGCCACGAGCAGGAGGUUCGCCAGAAGUGGGAAGACAAGAAGAAUGGCAAAGUGGCUGAAAACGGCGGUGACGAUGGAUUCACAUCUGGCGGUGUCGGCGGCGGUUGGAAUGAGACUCAAUCGGCUGCUCGUAUCGGUGGUGGUUGGGAUGAUGUUCCAUCGGCUGCUACUGCUGGUGGUGAUUGGGACCAGGCUCCUGCAGCUGCUGCUGAUGUUGGCGGCGGUUGGGAUAUUCCUCCUCCUCCAGGUCCUACCGCUGCAAUGGGCGCCGACUGGGAAACUGCUCCUGCGAAUGUUGCCGCUGCUCCUGCUGCUGUUGGCGGUGAUUGGGAUAACGCCGCUGCUGCUUCUGGUUUCGCUGCGACAGCUGGCGCGAAGGUCACUACAGGUGACACAUUCGCACCUCAAUUCGGUUCCAACGCACAUGUCGCCGACUAUGCCACCGCUUCCAGCAGCCGUCCUACACAACGUGGCAGUUCUUCUGGCUUCGACUCUGCCAUUGCCGUGGAGAGCGCAUCAACCUCCCCCGUCUCUUUCGAGGACAAACCUGCAGAUGGAUAUCGCCGAGGCAAUGAAGCGCCAAACAAUACGCCAUCGUUUUCCGGACUUGACGAGGACUUGGGCCGUGUCACUGAUGACUGGGCGGACGAAAUGAACGAGCAGAGCGCAGCCUCUGGAUAUGCCUGGUAA